ACUCUACGUUGCAGAAUAUCUCUAAAAGAAAUAUAAUUCCUUCGAAUACAUUGCGAUGUCUAGUCAAUUCUUAUGUCCUCGAUGUCUUUUCGGCUCCGGCUUGUCCGUAGUUGCAAAAAAUCAGUGCAGGUCUCUAUAUACAAGGGGUCCUUCGAUAUCGAUCCCAAAGAAAUACAAUGAAAUUACUAGAGCCAAUUCGUUAUCUACGGUCCCAUCAGAGCUUAUAACUCAAACCAGGAGCUUCUCAGCGACCAGGACGACUACAUCGGGCGUAAUUCAGAACUUGGUAUCGAAAGGGAAUGCAACCGAAACCUACGUAUCAUAUGGCUUUACCCAGAAAUUAUUCGAGGCCUGUUCUUCACAGGCAGACUACCGCAUACCGCAAAUAAAGCAGACUCCCGCUCCACUUUCAAAAACCUCUACCGGCGAAGAUGUAGGAGUAGGAGAAGGACAAUGGUAUUCUGAUUUUAAUUUGUUACCGACUUUCUCGACUUGGUCGCAGGUCACAUUCCUACACAUGUAUCUCCUCACGGUCCGUUUUCGCGCCCUACCAUCUCCAGAGAGUGUUCGGACUCACUCACGGCACCUAUUUGAUCACUUUUCCCACAACGCCGAACACCGAAUGGCAACUCUUCAUGGAAUUUCGAGCCGAGGUAUUAGAAACAAGUAUCUCAAAGACCUUUUCGUCCAAUGGCGAGGUGUUCUGGUUGCAUACGAUGAAGGCCUGGUUAAGGGAGAUGCCGUGUUGGGAGCCGCGGUGUGGAGGAACAUAUGGAAAGCCAGCUCUAGUGGACACGAUGGCCAUGAGAUCGAUUGGACAAAGGUUGCUACGGUUGUCGCGUAUAUGAGACGCGUCCUCCUAGAACUAUCCGAGACCAGCGAGGGUGAUCUUGUUUUCUCGGUCGGAGAGAAAUCUGGAAAGAAAAAGGCCAUCUUUGGCUUUAAGGAGAUAGACACAAAGCUGGCGCAGAAAGACUAAAUUUAGCGACACAAAAUUGGUGCAGGCAAGCUGUACUUUUCCCAGCUUAUGUUUGGGUAUCGUGCUGAUACUCAUUGGACUGUAUAAUAAUCUUGUAAUUUUAACUAAUUCUUAGAUAGGUAU